AUGAGGAUUCCCGCAAAGCUCCUCUUGCUGAGCGCGUCUCUUGCCACCCAUGUUCUUGCCCAGGCGAGAAUCGCCUUUACUUCCGUCCCUGCCGUGGCAGUUGCUGGACAAUCCUAUAAUAUUUCUUGGGCCGGCGGCGAUGGUUCGCCUGUCACAAUAACACUUCGAGAAGGGGACCCGGAUGACCUCAAGACGAUCGCGACUUUGGCAGAUAGUGUGACGGAAAACUCCUUCGUGUGGAAUGUCUCGCUGAGCCUGGUGACUGCUUCGGACUAUGCCCUCCAGAUUACGCAGGGACAGGACUCGAUCAACUACAGCGGCUUGUUCUCGAUCGCGGGUGGAAGUGGGACGUCGACAAUCUCACUCUCGGGGUUGACCACACCCACGUCCUCCAGCAAUGCUACUGCGAGCCUGAUCAGCCCCACGAGCACUGGAAUCGCUUCGUCGGGGAGAAGCACCAUAUUUGCAAGCAAUAUGACUUUCAGCUCCGCAACCCUGUCAUCCACCUCCAGUUCGAGCUUGAUUCCGGCAGUGACCGAACAUAUGACUUCCUCUUCCUCUUCCCCGUCCUCCAGCAGUACGAGUCAACCGAGCUCCACGUCAGAGGCGCCUACAGCUGCGGCUACGACAACGGUGCCAGAUGCUGGGGCUGCUGGGCAGUUGGGUAGCUCGGCGGCACUGGUGCUGGGCGUCUUUGCAGCAGUCAUGUUCUUGAGUUGA